AUGUUCCUAUUUGACACAAUCUUUGGCUUUGUACUUGUGUCUCAGGUGUGUGUUGGUGUCCUGGGGAACUCAUUGCUCUUUGUGUUAUAUAUGUGCAUCUUCUUAUUUCAACCUCAUCUGAAGAAGCCCAUUGAUUCUAUUUUCAUGCACCUGACGAUAGUCAAUAUUUUGACUAUCACCUUUUCAUUGCUUCCUGAUGCCAUGUCAUACUUUGGAGUAAAACAUUUUUUGAAUGAUGUCGGUUGCCAAGCAGUUUUGUAUAUAUUCAGAGUUUCCCGAGGUGUUUCCAUCUGUACCACCUCUCUCCUGAGUACAUUUCAAGCCAUCACUAUCAGUCCCAGUAAUUCCAAGUGGGUCUUGCUUAAAUCCAAACUCUCUAUGUUGAUUUUCCCCUCCUUCCUUUUCUUCUGGAUCAUCAACAUGCUCAUCUAUAUACAUGUCAUUAAAUUUGUGAGAGCCAAAAGAAAUUCCACUCUGGUUGGUCGGGGAUAUUCUCAUGUAUAUUGUGAAGGUCACCAGUUAGGAAAUGGCAAUUUUGGGGUAUUUUUUAGUGUUAUAUUGAUUCGAGAUCUCCUGUUUCUCGUCCUCAUGAUCUGGACCAGCCUUUACAUGACGAUUCUCCUCUACAGACACCAGAGGAGAGCUCGGCAUGUCCACAGCCCUGACCUCUCUUUCCAGACAUCUCGGGAACACAAAGUCAUCUACCUUGUCCUUCUGCUGGUAAGUUGCUUUGUGUUCUUUUUUUGCUCAAACAACGUUUUGACCAUUUAUACAUUUUAUGCACCAAAGAAAAUAGUAACAAUAGACGUGAUUAAUGGAAUGUUAUCAUCAUGCUUCUCAACCGUCUGUCCUUUUCUGCUGAUGAGGAAUAAUAAAAUUAUUUCCCAACUUACAUCUUGCUUUUCAGUGAUGGACAUUACUUGUUUUCAAAGAGUACUCAGUGGCUGA